AUGACCCUCUCCGGCGGCGGCAGCGCCAGCGACAUGUCCGGCCAGACGGUGCUGACGGCCGAGGACGUGGACAUCGAUGUGGUGGGCGAGGGCGACGACGGGCUGGAGGAGAAGGACAGCGACGCGGGCUGCGAUAGCCCCGUGGGGCCGCCAGACCUGCGCCUGGACGAGGCGGACGAGGUGACGCCGGCGGCACCCCACCAUGGGCAGCCUCAGCCGCCGCACCAACAGCCCCUGGCAUUGCCCAAAGAGGCGACUGGAGCCGGCGCUGGGCCAGGGGGCGAGGCGGGCGCUUCCGAAGCUGACGGCUGCAAGGGCGGCGUUGGCGGCGAGGAGGGCGGCGGGAGCGGCGGCGGGCCGGGCUCGGGCAGUGGCGCAGCGGGAGGCCUGGCUCCCAGUAAGCCCAAGAACAGCCUGGUGAAGCCGCCCUACUCGUACAUCGCGCUCAUCACUAUGGCUAUCCUGCAGAGCCCGCAGAAGAAGCUGACCCUGAGCGGCAUCUGCGAGUUCAUUAGCAACCGCUUCCCCUACUACCGGGAGAAGUUCCCCGCCUGGCAGAACAGUAUCCGCCACAACCUUUCGCUCAACGACUGCUUUGUCAAGAUCCCCCGCGAGCCGGGCAACCCGGGCAAGGGCAACUACUGGACCCUGGACCCGCAGUCCGAGGACAUGUUCGACAACGGCAGCUUCCUGCGGCGCCGGAAACGCUUCAAGCGCCACCAGCAGGAGCACCUGCGCGAGCAGACGGCGCUCAUGAUGCAGAGCUUCGGCGCUUACAGCCUGGCCGCGGCGGCUGGCGCCGCGGGGCCCUACGGCCGCCCCUACGGCCUGCACCCCGCGGCCGCGGCCGGCGCCUACUCUCACCCGGCUGCCGCGGCAGCCGCCGCGGCGGCGGCGGCGCUCCAGUACCCCUACGCGUUGCCGCCCGUGGCACCCGUGCUGCCGCCUGCUGUGCCGCUGCUGCCCUCGGGCGAGCUGGGCCGCAAAGCGGCCGCCUUUGGCUCACAGCUCGGCCCGGGCCUGCAGCUGCAGCUCAACAGCCUGGGCGCCGCCGCGGCCGCCGCGGGCACGGCGGGCGCCGCGGGAACCACCGCGUCGCUGAUCAAGUCCGAGCCGAGCGCGCGGCCGUCGUUCAGCAUCGAAAACAUCAUCGGCGGGGGCCCCGCGGCGCCCGGGGGCUCGGCAGCUGGCGCUGGGGGCACCGGGGUAACUGGGGGCACUGGGGGCGGUGGGGGCGGCAGCGCGGCGCAGUCCUUUCUACGGCCGCCCGGGACCGUGCAGUCCGCGGCGCUCAUGGCCACGCACCAGCCGCUAUCGCUGAGUCGGACGACGGCCACCAUCGCGCCCAUCCUGAGCGUGCCGCUCUCUGGACAGUUCCUGCAGCCCGCAGCCUCGGCCGCCGCUGCUGCCGCAGCUGCAGCGCAAGCAAAGUGGCCCGCUCAAUAG